AUGGCGGCAGCGAUUGCAUGGCUGGUGCAGACCAUCCUUGCAACCCUCCAAAUCGACAAGCUCGACGCCUGGAUUCGGCAAGUCGGACUUGCCGAUGACAUCGAGAAGCUCAAGUCGGAGAUCAAGAGAGUGGUGUCUGCUGUGAAGGGGAGAGGGGCCGAUGAAUCUUUCGCUCUUCUCGUGGAGCGGCUCUAUGAAGCCGAGCGUAUGGUCGACGAGAUCGACUACUAUAGGCUCAAAGAUCAAGUUCAUGGAGGUACGCCCGCUGCCUCGUGGCCUGCAGAUCCAAGCAUACUACUCCAUGUAGAUCUUGAUGUUUUUGUGGGCACAGUUACAAGGGAUGGAGCUGAGCGAGUGGAUGAGAUAUCGGGUGGUGAUCCUAUUGCUGCUACACCGAAUAGACGUACUAGUGUUGGCAAACAGCGGUCCGUGGUAUGGGAACACUUUACAAUCGCAGAUAACGAAAAUCCUAACAAAGCAAAAUGUACAUACUGUGAAAAAGAGUUCAACUGCAAUACAAAGACGAACGGUACAUCAUCUACGAAGAAACAUUUGGAGAAAGAGCAUUCCAUCGCUUGUACGAAGAACCCUGAAGCACAUCCACCAAACCCUUCAAGUUCAAGUGCCCUAUCUUUUUCUUACCGCACCACCGCUGAGCCUAUCGUAAUUGGUAGCUCAUCCAGCAGAAAAGGAAAGAGACAACAGUCCAAGGCAUGGGAACUUUUUGAUGUCAUAGAAGGAGAUAACGAACAUCCUAUGAAAGCAAAAUGUAAAUACUGCCCCACAGAGAUCAAGUGUGGACCAACGAGUGGAACAGCAGGUAUGCUCAACCAUAACAAGAUUUGUAGGAAGAAACCUGGACCAAUUGACCAGCCGCCAAACCCGCCAAGCACUAGUGAUGCUAAUGCAGAUGUGACGCCAAUUACUGCGGCUAACACAGUCACCCCUUGGGACAAGACUGAAUUGUCCAAUAGGAUACAAAAAAUAUCUUGUCAGUUGCAAUGCAUCGGAGGGGAAGUGGGUGAGAUUCUCAAGCUACAUGGAUCGGACUCUACUUCAAGUUCACAUCAUCACCAGAGUACAACAUCAGAUCAGCACCUCAGAACAUCAAGUCUUGUUCCAAGGAUUUUGUAUGGAAGAGCUAAGGAGAAGAAACACAUCAUGAUGAUGACAGAAGGCAGAUCUGACAAAGUAAUUGUUGUGCCGAUUGUAGGCAUUGCAGGUGUUGGAAAGACAACUCUCACUCAACUUGUAUACAAUGAUGUAGAAGUGAAAAUGCAAUUUCACCCUAGAAUAUGGGUUUGGGUGUCUCGCAACUUUGAUGAAAUGAGGCUCACAAGAGAGAUGUUGAGCUUUGUUUCUCAAGAAAGACAUGAAGGAAUAGACUGCUUUGUGAAGCUUCAGGAGAUCUUUAAAAGUUAUGUUAAAUCAAAGAGGAUUUUACUUAUUUUAGAUGAUGUUUGGGAUGACAAGAACAAUUACCAACGGAACCAACUAUUGGCUCCUUUUCAGCACGAAAAUGCUAUUGGUAAUGUGAUUCUUGUGACAACUAGAAAACUGUCUGUUGCAAAAAUGAUUGGAACAACAAGACCAAUUAAGUUAGGUGCAUUGGAAAAUGAUGACUUCGAGUUAUUGUUCAAAUCAUGUGCAUUAGGUGAUGGAAACUAUGAAUUUCCUGGAAACUUUAGCACAAUUGGGCAGCACAUAAUAGAGAAGUUAAAGGGCAACCCCUUAGCAGCAAUAACUACAGGGUCGCUAUUAAGGGAUCAUCUUACCGCUGAUCAUUGGAGUAACAUUCUGAAGAAAGAAAGUUGGAAGUCACUGGGAGUCAGUGGAGGCAUCAUGCCUGGUUUGAAGCUUAGUUAUGAUGAGCUACCAUACGGUUUAGAACAAUGUUUUUCUUACUGUUCUAUAUUUCCUAACAAACAUAGGUUUCUUGGUAAGGAUUUGGUCUAUAUUUGGAUUUCUCAGGGAUUUGUGAAUUGCACCCAAAAUACGAGAUUGGAGGAUACAGGAUGGGAAUACCUGAAUCAAUUGGUAAACCUAGGAUUCUUUGAACAAACUGAAGAACAAGAAGAAUUGCAUCAGGAAGAAGAAUUCUGUUUACGCCGUCAGAUUUGGUGCAGUUUGGCAAAUCCUUUGCAUCUUCGCUACCUAAAACUUGAGUUGGAUGGGAUUGUGCCACAAGUUUUGAGUACGUUUUUUCAUCUUCAAGUAUUAGAUGUUGGAUCAAGCAUGGAUACUUCUCUACCCAAUGGCUUGUUGCAUAAUCUUGUUAGCCUGCGACAUCUUGUUGCACACAAGAGAGUCCAUUCUUCCAUUACUAGCAUUGGUAACAUGACAUCUAUCCAGGAGCUACAUGAUUUUGAGGUUCGAAUUUCUAGCGGCUUUGAGAUAACACAACUCAAAUACAUGAACGAGCUUGUUCAACUUGGGGUGUCUCAGCUUGACAGUGUUAAAACCCGGGAGGAGGCUUAUGGAGCAGGAUUAAGAAACAAGGAACACUUAGAAGAGCUUCACUUGUCCUGGAAGGAUGCAUAUUCAGAGUAUGAGUAUGUCAGUGACACUAGAUUUGAAUCUUCUGCAAACAUGGCAAGAGAAGUGAUUGAGGGUCUUGAACCACACAUGGAUUUAAAACAUCUACAAAUAUCUCGGUAUAAUGGUACCACUUCACCAGCUUGGCUUGUCAACAAUAUCUCAGUUACCUCAUUGCAGACGCUUCAUCUUGAUGAUUGUGGAGGAUGGAGAAUACUUCCAUCUCUGGGAAGUCUUCCAUUUCUUACAAAGCUGAAGUUGAGCAGCAUGCGGGAAGUAAAAGAAGUAUUGAUUCCUUCACUGGCGGAGCUAGUUUUAAUUAAAAUGCCGAAGUUAGUGAGAUGCUCAAGCACUUCUGUUGAGGGUCUGUGCUCCAGCUUAAGGGUACUGCAGAUCGAAGAUUGUGAAGCAUUGAAGGAGUUUGAUCUGUUUGAUAACGAUGAUAAUUCUGGAAUCAGUCAGGGAUCAUGGCUGCCCAGUAUUAGGAAUUUGAUUCUGGAUUAUUGCCCUCAUUUGAAAGUGUUGAAGCCUCUUCCACCUUCAACUACCUUUUGUAAGGGUCUGUGCUCCAGCUUAAGGGUACUGCAGAUCGAAGAUUGUGAAGCAUUGAAGGAGUUUGAUCUGUUUGAUAACGAUGAUAAUUCUGGAAUCAGUCAGGGAUCAUGGCUGCCCAGUAUUAGGAAUUUGAUUCUGGAUUAUUGCCCUCAUUUGAAAGUGUUGAAGCCUCUUCCACCUUCAACUACCUUUUGUAAGGUACUCAUCAGAGAAGUUCCAAGAUUUCCGUAUAUGGAGGUAUCAUCUGGUGAAAAGUUAGAAAUUGGGAAUACUGAUGGCCACAGACGCGAUUUUUUUGAUGAAUCUUCUGAUGAGUUGAGGAUACUGGAUGACAAAACUUUGGCAUUCCAUAAUCUUGGAAACCUCAAAUUGAUGGAGAUAUAUGGUUGCAGAAAUCUAAGGUCUUUUUCGUUCAAAGGUUUUAGUCAUCUUGUCUCUUUAGCAAGUUUGACAAUAGAAGACCGCGAACAACUUUUCCCUUCAGAUGUGUCGCCAGAGUAUACCCUUGAAGAUGUGACAGCUAUGAACUGCAAUGCCUUCCCAUCUCUUAAAAGUCUCAGUAUUGAUUCAUGUGGAAUAGCGGGGAAGUGGCUAUCACUGAUGCUGCAGCAUGCGCUAGUCCUAGAGGAACUGAGUUUAAGAAGAUGCGCACAUAUAACAACAGUACUGUUACCGAUGGAAUAUGAAGAAAACAAUCUAUUAACGACAGUACUGUCAUCAGGAAAUCAAGAUGAGGCAUUGACCUGGUUAGUUCGUGACGGACUCUUGCACAUUCCAUCAAAUCUCGUCUCCUCUCUCAAGAAUAUGAGUAUUACUCAGUGCCCUCGUCUAAAAUUUAACUGGGGCAAGGACUGCUUCUCUGGAUUUACCUCGCUUGAGAAGCUUGAAAUCUGGGGAUCGUUGGCGGAUGAUGACCCGGAGAAUGGAAAAUCAUUUAUGUUCGAAGAGGAGGAUCAACCCCUAGGGGCGAACGGAAGAUGGCUCCUCCCGACAUCACUUCAGGAACUUAACAUCAGGUUCUUGUGUUACCAAGAAACGCUGCAACCCUGCUUUCCUAGAGAUAUCACCAGCCUUAAAAAGUUAAUUGUAGAUUGCAGCCCAGGUUUGCAAUCUCUACAGCUGCACUCAUGCACGGCACUGGAAGAAUUAACAAUUUCCGGCUGUGGAUCAGUCACCGUCACUGUACUAGAGGGCAUGCAACCCCCUGGCAGCUUCGGGCGUCUGAAUGCAUCAGAUUGUCCUGGCUUACCACCGCGUUUGGAGAGCAUUUCAACGCUGUGCCCUCGGCUGGAAAGGCUUUGCAUCGAUGACCCAUCUGUCCUUACUACGUCAUUCUGCAAGCACCUCACCUCCCUGCAAAGACUACAUCUUGGUUACAUGAGAAUGACGGGAUUCACAGAUGAGCAAGAGCGAGCGCUUGUGCUCAUCAAGUCCCUGAAAGAGCUCCGAUUCUAUGUGUGUAACGAUCUCGUAGAUCUUCCUGCUCGGCUGCACACCCUUCAUUCUCUCAAGAGUUUGGGAAUAGAACAGUGUGGACGCAUAUCAGGGAUGCCAGAAGCAGGCCUCCCACGUUCGCUGGAAGAACUGAAAAUCGACUCUCGCAUCCAGGAGCUAGAGGAUGACUUCGACAUAUCUGAAUUAACUACUGUAUGA